UGCAACUAACAACACAAAUUGGAUCCAACAAAACAACUGCCGAUAUCAUAUGACCGUCUCAAGCGCUGCACCAAGCCGUUGCACUACCGCGCAUGAACUUGCACGACUUAGUGCGGCUGCAUUUUGGAGAUUUUCGUACUUGGUAGACAAACACCAACGCAGAUAACGAUUCCGCGUGGAAUACCAGAUGACGAACAUCCUGCACUUUGUCACGUCAGUCUUGUGCAGUCUCGUUUAAUCCAACAUCUGAUUAGCUGAUGCCCAUCAUGACUGAUAAUCUGAUAGUACAAACUCACCUGACAACGGACCAACAGAGAUACCUGCACGGAUGGACUCGGCGGGAGCCACGACAGCUUGAGUCUGAAUACAGCAGGCUCGCACUAGCUAAAGGUAAUCCUUCGAGUUAAGUCUGGUGAAAAACGCAGUGACGGCGUCGACUCCUGAGGCACGGCCAAGGCAGCGAUCAUGGUAUGAUCAUAGCGAGAGUUGGACGACACUCCAACAUGCGAGGUGGGUUGGGCUGAACCAAGGCCAUCGGACCAGAUGGAGAGCCAUGGUUCGCCCAGACCCAAUCGAGGCAAUCCAAUUUCUUGAGCCACCAAACGAUCGUCGAUGCCCUCACUCGCAAGCACUACUUUCAACCCAUCAGUCAUACACAAACGCAGCAUAGGACAUAAUAACGAGGCUUCUUACCUUAACAGACACCAUCCCGACGUUGACUCAUUGAUGAUUGACAACAAUCGGGCCCGCCGUCAUCUGUCUCUCAGCUGCGUCCAUCUCAGUGACAUAUCUUGAGAGCGGGUGUCGAAGCAUUUAAAUAUGACCUUGACCCUUGCACAUUUUCCUUCCUCCAUAUCUUCGCAAGAUCUGCCAGUUUUAGAUCCCGCUUUCAGCUGCCAGGGGUUAAUGAAUGCUCACCUAAGCAUACCCACCAAAUCCCAGGAACUGCCAGCCAAGCAAUCUUCUGCAUAGCCGAUUGUGUGACCAUAUCGCCUUGUUGAUAGGCAAAUCAUGCCACAUACUUUGGUACCAUCUCAGGGUGUCUUCAUCGGACCGAAUCUUUGAAAGAUUUCUUCCCAAUUCAUCGGCAGUUGAUUUGAUUGCUGGUCAGAUCGGAUGAAAUAGAUGGAUGGAAGCAGUAACGUGGCACAAAGCCGUUGAGGUGCUUUUUUCGGUACGAAAUUCUUCCUUGUGAGAAAUGUAGGACCAACGGUCGUUCUGUCUCUCUUCCUUUCUGUGCCUCCUUUGUUACACAAAGACACGUUUUGCCACGAGAAGUUUACUAUGACUUCUUUGGAGCAGUUCGACUUAUCGAAGAAUGGCCCAGCCCAAGCAUCAGGAAGCAGAAAGAGAGUGUGGUAUCAUGUCUGGUGAUGAAAAAUCAAAAUGUUGCCAGAGUGAACAACCUCCAAGACCUAAGGGUGAUUAUUUCGACGAAGAGGACUACAAGUUUACAAGUAUUGGAGAAUCGAAUCAUGCUGUUAGGCCUGAGUAAUAAUGGUUACUUGUGUAUGCGUACAAGUUUCUCAUAUGACUUUUUAUCAGCAGGUCGCCCAUGCCUCGUCCGAUAUGAUGCCAACCCCCCUCAACUCCCGGACAACAUCGCACGUCCAGUUUCUAGAACUCUGACGUCUCCCCAAAGAACUCCUACGAGCCCCUGAUCGAGACAUAGACUUCCAAAACUGUUUCUGCAAUCAUUGCAUACGCCAUACAUCGAAGCACUCCAGUUUUAAGCACAAUAAAAUCGCCCCCAAUGUACGCCUCAUUCUAUAUACCACAGGAGAAGUAUUCAACUCAGAUGCGAGUUGCUGAAAAGAUGAUGUUCAUGGGUCUGCCUCAUUUCAAGGACACUCAGUCGAGAUGCAAGGAAUGCAACAGAAAGGUGGAUAGCCCAGUCCAGAUAUCGGUUGGCUAUCAACUUCGGAACAAUGCUCUUUUCAUGACUGUCAGGCCUGUGCCUCCCAAGUCAAAGUGCAAGGGUAUCAUCAAGGCACCUAUGGUAUCUGCCAACGCUACACUUGCUUGUUAUCAAGUUGUCUCUUGGGCAUGUGCUGGAUGGAUCAUGCGGCCCUUGGGGUAUUCAGGAUAUUUGCCGAAAAGAACUCCAGAAGUUCUCGCUCGAACCAAAUCCAAAUACAUGAAGACAGAUGCGUGA